AUGAAUAUAGCUAUCACCACGACGCGCUUUAUGCGGCAAGCAACACGUCUCUCCGUUCAUCUUCGCUCGCUUUCGACUCUCAGCACCAACCCUCACAUCUACGUCUUCCCGGACCCCAAUUCUCGAUCGUCUCACCUCCUCUCCCUCCUGCCUACAGAACCACCUACCCCAUCCCUAGCCAUUGGCUCCACGACCAAACUCCCCCCCACACCAUCCUCAUUCACCGAGAAUCCGAAAUUCAUCCCUAUCCUCAACGCCGUAAUCGGUGAAAACGCUUCGUCCGAUUCCACGGUCCAAUCCCAAGCUGCAGUCAUGAUUUCCUCAUCGGGCGCCUCUCUCCUUCAGACCAUCCGCAGACAAGAGACCGGCUCCGCGGGCGCUAGUGAUCAGGGCGGUCAUGGCAGUGCCGGUCGAGGCGGCUGGGUCCAUGUCUCAGAUCUUCGACACAUUCCGGACUUUGGACGCAUAGCUGAACCAGAAGACAUUUUCGGCAGCGUAGAAGUCGAUGGCAAUGGAAACUUUGUGGAUGGACAUGGCAGAUAUCAGCCAAGUGGGACAUACAGGAUUUGUACGAACGAUGGAAUCUUGGGAUUGACCGAUUUUAUGAGGAGGAAAUUGGUUGAGAGAUUGAAGGCCGAAGAGGCAGCGGAGAGCAAUAAAAAGUGA